AAACCCUGCAAGAACUCCCUCUCUUUCCCACAACUUCAACUCUCUCUCUCUCAAACGCACACGAAAAAAUCACUCUUGCUCUGAGAAAUGGGUGCUUCCAGACCUUCUUCUUCUUCUUCUUUCAGCUGCGAAAUCAGAAUCACAGAGGCCAAGAACAUGGACCUCGUCCAGCCCACCGACACAGUCUUCCUCAGGCUCUAUCUCUCUGCGGGGAGCACCAACCAAAAGAUUCGACUGAACACGCGAGAGCUUCCAUCACCAUCGAGCUCCGGCUUGCAUUGGAACGAGUCCUUCUCUCUGGAAUGCACCGGGAACGAGGACUCUGCGAAAGCCCUGAGGCAAGAGAGCGUCGUCUUCGAGCUUCGGGCACGGAGCAAAGCCUCCAUCCUCGGUCCCAUCGGACGCCGAUCCAGAGUCGUGGGCAGAGCGGAGAUUCCAUGGAAAACCGUCUUGGAGUCUCCAGGCAUGGAGAUGGAGACAUGGGUGAGGAUGGGCUCGUCGUCAAGAGGACGUGUUUCCGAGGAUGUGAAGCCUCCGUCGGUGAGGAUCGCGAUGAGGUUGAGGAUCGCAGACAUGGUGGCCGUGGGCAGGAGGGAGAGAACGAGAGAGGCGAGAUUGAAGAAGACGGGGGAGUGUGGAUGCGAUGACUGUGGCCUUAGCUUGUGCAGUCGCGAAGAUUAUGAUGUAUUUGUUGCAUUAGCGGCGUCUGUCGAGGCCUUUUAGGUGGUUCCCUUGGUUGGACAAUUAUCAUCAAAUUUAUUGAUUUUAGUGCUUUUUUCUUCCCAU